AUGUACAAAACAAAGGCGAAAAGGAAGAUCGAGACGGUUGACCUCACCGGCAGCGAUGAUGAUGAUUGUGUUUACAAUAUUCCAGCAGCCAACCCACCUCGAAAAUUGCCGUCAUCAUUUUCUUCUUCACGGGUUCAGAAGAAUGUGGUCAUUCCACCAAAUAGGAGUCAAGAGCCUGGACAAUACUCAUCGGCAAUUCCCAGUUCCUCUCAGCGACAUCGCAAUGAACUACCAACACCCCCAUCAUCCAGUCAGACUUACGGGGGGUAUUCAAUGCCUAUCCACCUUGACGGGACGCAUAGUCAGGCAGAGCGCCAAAGCUGGCUUGCAUCUACACAAGAACAAGAUGCGGAUAUCGCGCGAGAGGUCGAUCUCACGGAAGAUUUUGAUGAUGACGUCUAUGAAAACUUUCAGCUGUACGGCAUUCUGAAUACCAAGAUUGUUGGUUGUCGGUUUUACGGUGGAAAAGCGACCGUGGGCGAAUAUGUCAAAGUGCGCCGUGAACCGAGCAACCCCUAUGACUCCAACGCGAUCCGCAUUGAUAAUGUUCAGCGUGAUCAGAUUGGCCAUAUUGGCAGGAAUGUAGCGGCGAAGCUGGCUCCUUUAAUGGACGCGGGCUCGUUGCUCGUGGAAGGCGCCUUGACAGGACACAAGGAAUACUACGAAUGCCCAAUUGGGCUGAAGCUCUUUGGCACAAGCGACCCUGUCGCAGGGGCGGCGCUUCGUCAGCAAAUGCAAAAUCUGAGACUCCCUAUCAACGAGUUCACUAGACAGGAACGAGAAGCUAAGAAGCGUGCACAAGAGUUGGAAAAGCAGAAGAAAUCUCGAGAGAAAGUCGCCGCUGCCAUGCACAAGAAGGGGAAUACCGUGUUUGACAACGAAGGAAAUGGUGGAUGGAGCAAUCUGAGCCAGAUAGUUGGGAUGAGCUUGCCACAAGCACCGGGCAUGGAUCAGUUACUGGAAGGCACCUCCACGUUCAAUCCGCGAGAUGUUGAAAGCCUCGUCAAUAAGCUUGGAGCAGGAGAGGAUGUUUUGGCCAAGUUGCCGAUGGCUGAUCAACCAGAACUGCUUGCAACGACGCUGUUACCAUACCAGAGACAAGGCUUACAUUGGAUGCUUGACCAUGAAUCACCCAAACUGCCCGAAGCAGAUGAUGUGGUUCAACUUUGGAAGAAAGUGGGAAACGUCUAUACCAAUAUUGCCACCAAUUUCUCCAUUACGAAGGCCCCCCAACUUGCACGUGGUGGUCUCCUGGCAGAUGACAUGGGCCUUGGCAAAACCAUUCAAAUCAUUUCGCUCAUCAUGGCAGACCCGAAUAAAGAUGGCUCACCUACCCUGAUUAUCUGUCCAAUGUCGGUUAUGAGCAACUGGAAGCAUCAAGCAGCCCUUCAUGUAAGAAAGCAAUAUGCCCCGCGCGUCUUCGUCUAUCAUGGUGGGGCGAAUCGAAAUUUGAGGCCUAAGGAGCUCAAAGAGUACGAUAUUGUGAUCACGACUUACCAGACAAUGACACAAGAACUUUUCCCUUAUGGCAUUUCAGAGCCGCGGCGGACACCGUCCAAGGAUGGUCUCUUUUCGAUCACGUGGCGUCGUAUUGUUCUCGAUGAGGGCCAUCAGAUACGAAAUCCAAAAGCUAAGAUGUCCCAGGCGGCUUGUACACUUCAAGCUCAAUCACGCUGGAUACUGACAGGUACUCCGAUUGUCAAUAGUCUCAAGGAUCUGUUCUCGCAUAUCAAGUUCCUACGGUUAUCUGGCGGGGUGGCUGAGUUUGAGAUUUUCAACUCAACAUUGAUUCGACGUUUGAAGAACGGCGAGAACGGCGCAAGAAUGCUUCUACAAGCUCUGAUGUCGGCAUUGUGUCUGCGACGAAUGAAAGACAUGAGGUUGGUCGAUAUCAAACUUCCAGAGAUCACUUUCCACAAGUACGCAAUACAAUUCUUGCCUCACGAACAAGAGCAGUAUGAUGCUUUCAAAGCCGAGGCCAAGGGGAUGGUGGAGGCGGUCAAGGCACAGAAAGGAGAUAACACGAUAACCCACCUAUUAGAAGUGCUUCUGCGGUUGCGACAAACUUGCAACCACUGGAAGAUGUGUGGAGAGGAAAGGGUCAAGAAGUUGCUUGCUCUUGUGGAAGAUAACAAGGUUGUGGAUGUCAUGAAUCCAGGCAAUCGAAAGACGCUGCAGGAUCUUCUUCAAGUACGGAUUGACUCACAAGAAGAAUGUCCCAUCUGCUUGGAAACCCUCAAGGACCCGAUGAUUACGGCUUGUGCGCAUAGCUUCUGUCGAGAUUGCAUCAGUCGAGUGAUCAACGCUCAGCACAGGUGUCCACUAUGCCGAGCUGAUCUCAAUACAGACGCUCUUGUUGAGCCAUCAGCUGGAAUGGGCGAAAACGAAGAAAUUGAUCUCAAUAUCGACCCUGACACGACCAGCAGCAAGAUAGAAGCCCUGGUGACAGUGCUACAGGCUUCUGAAGCAGAUCCAACGGUGAAGACUGUUGUGUUCUCACAAUGGACAUCCUUCCUGGACCUUGUCCAGACACAGCUCACAAAAAAUGGCUUGAACUUCACCCGACUCGACGGCAAAAUGAAGCCAGCAAGCCGGGAUGCUGCGAUCGAGUCACUUAACGCCGAUGACUCGUGCAAGAUCAUGAUAGCAUCUUUAUCUGUGUGCUCCGUUGGCUUGAAUCUAGUAGCGGCGAAUCAAGUCAUUUUGGCGGACUCGUGGUGGGCACCAGCAAUAGAGGACCAAGCUGUCGAUCGUGUUCAUCGAUUGGGGCAAACGAGACGAUGCAAAGUGGUUCGUCUUGUGGUGGAAGGAACUAUUGAGGAUGAAGUGCUCGAGAUCCAAGCUAAAAAGAGACAACUUGCAAGCGAGGCAUUUGGCGAAAAAGAUGGGGCAAGGAAGAGAAAGGAACAACGUGCAGGUACUUUGAGAGACAUUGAGAGAUUGCUGGGUUGA